GGGCUUGUGAAGUGGCGUGCUACGGAUUAGAGACUCAACCACCUGGGUUGUGGUCUAGGGCCACUGGGGGUAGAACACGUGGUGCCCCACAGCUGUGGCACCACGUGUCUGGGGCACCACGUGUACCCGGGUGCAACGGCACUUCUGGCUGUGUGCUGCUGAUGAGUGCUGUUUGUGCUGAAUAGCGGUGCACAUUUAAGCUCAGGAGAGGAGCUGAUGGACGUGGAAAUGGACAAAGUGCCCGGGUGCGAGGAUGAGCAGGAUGAUGAAGAUUUUGAACCAUCGCAACUGGGGACCAAGUCCUACUGGGAGGAUGCCUACCAGCGGGAGCUGUCUCUAUACAGGGACACGGGGGACGUGGGUGAGGUCUGGUUUGGAUGGGACAGCAUGAAGCGUGUCGUGCGCUGGAUAGAGGCUCGCGGGACAGACAAAGACAGCUCCGUACUGGACAUUGGCACAGGGAACGGCGUCCUGCUGCUAGAACUGGCUAAGGUAGGAUUCACGCGGCUGACUGGCAUUGAUUAUUCUGCUGCUGCUGUCAGGCUGGCCCAGUCCAUCGCAUCUGAGCAAGGACACCCGCACAUCGUAUUCCAGGAGGUGGACUUCCUGGCCCUGGCAGCAGCGGCGGGGGAUCGCAGUUUGGGGCCGUUCGACGUGUGCGUGGACAAGGGCACGUUGGACGCGGUGUCCCUGAGCCCCGAUGGGGCGACCGAGCGGCGGGCGGACUACGUGGAGGCUCUUCGGCGAAUGCUAGCGCCCGGUGGACUCUUCGUCAUCACCUCGUGCAACUGGACGCGGCCCGAGCUGCUCUCGCACUUCUCCGAUGGGUUCGAGCUGGAAGAGCAGAUCCCGACCCCGACCUUCACCUUUGGGGGCAGCACAGGGAACAGCAUCACCUCCCUGGUUUUCAGAAGACGGGGCUGACAGCUCCAUUGCAUCUCACCGUGCCAAUUGAAGCAAAGCACCAGCAUAUAUUAUUCAUGAAAAAACUCACCAGCGUUUAUAUAUUUUUACUUACAAAUGAAAUAUGAACUUCAAUAUUUCUUCAGGUAUAAAAUUAAGCAAAGCUUGUGUACAUACUGGCUGGCCAGGUGGCACUUUGGUUAGAGCACAAGUUCAAUUCCUUGUCAAUAGCUAACUCGGCCCAUCAUACCUCCAGAUUCUUUAAAUGUAAGAAAAAUGCUUGGGAUAUUAAUAGUAGUUAUUCUAUGGAUUUACUGGUCUGACAUGAGAAUGUGGAAAUCCACCACCAGCAUAAGACAGCCAAUUGAGAUGAGGUCUGCCCCAUCGCUCAUUUCAGCAGGGAGACAAAAUGUUACUUUGGCUGCACGAGUCUCUAUCCCCUCCUUCCCCUCAGUGUCAGUAUUCUGCAGGGUUUGUUGCUGGGUCCCUGACUAUUCUCUCUAUAUUUCCUCCUGGAAUAUAUUCUCAUCUUUCUGAUUUCCUCACCAUUUCAAUCUUUCAUAAACUUAAAAAAACUGUUUUACAUGUUUCACUUUUGAAUGUGAAUUCUAUUUUCCAUAAAUAGUGAUUAUGUUUAUGAAAAGUAUGAUCAUGUAUUUUGUCAUUGUGAAGUGUUUGUAAUUGAACAGUUUGUGUGGCUCGGUUUCACUAUGUUAUUACAUUGUUAAUAAAAGCGAGAACUUGA